GCAUGUAGCAUGCACAAAGCACUAAAGACGGAAGGCGGCCAAGGUGGCCGGCAGCAAACAUCUCGUUUUGUCCCACAUUCUUCGCAUCACGCCGUCUCCGCAUCUUUUCUUUUCCGACGUGACCCCGUUGUGAGGUAGGUUGGAGGCCAUCGCUAUCAUUAUCUGUUUUUCCUUUUUUUUGUGACCGUUUCGGCUCAGUUGGACCCGUGAAACACACGCCAAUCGCGCGACCUUGUGGAGCCAUGCCGCCGAAGAAGGGGCCAACUGUUAAGGGCAGAGCGGGCGUGGGCUCCGCCUCGAAGCGUGUCACGGAGGCUGCGAAGCGUGGCCCAAAGACCAAAGCGCUACCGCCUUUGAAAGCGAAGGCUACGACAAAAAGGUUCGAGUCAGCGACAAAGAAGAGCGGUCUGACCAACAUCCUGUGGGAUCCAAGCUCAUCUGCGUGGCAGAUCAACUAUCCCACCUUUGAUGAGGAGGGCCGAAUCACUGGAAACAAAAGCCGCACCUUUCCAGUCAGCAAGUACCUCACAGACGGUCGAGACGAGUCGGCCGCAGAGCAGGCGGCGCUGGCCUCCGCGCAGGACUUCCGGCGGCGGCUGCGAAAGAACGGCACGAUGCUGGCGAAGGGCGAAGCGACUUGGUGCAGGGCACGGCAGCGCUGGCGGGCCAAGGUCACCACCAAGAAUGGCAGGGUCAUCUUUGGGAACUACUUCACCGACAAGGCUCAGGCGUUCACCGAGGCGCAGGAGCUGGCGCCUGCCUAUGGCGUGCAGGGUCCAAAGCGCUUAGCCCGUCCGAGGAAAGCUGCGAGUGCGAGCAAGUAGCAUGUGGCGGCCAAGAGUGUGUGGCUACAUGUUGGAUUCAGAGAAGAGCGGGGAAAGCUGGGAAAAAAAGAGCAGUCAUGGCCGUCGCUUGGAACAAUCGAGCUAAAAUCUGAG